GCAUCUUCGAAUGCAUAUAAAAUCAACGAUUCCACAAUAGUUAUUCAUUCGUUAGUUUGUGCUCACGAGGAAUACUGAACACCAUGCUUAAAUACGUAACAGUAGUGUGCGUACUUGCCGCUCUUUGUGCCGGAGCACCUCAAAAUCCCCAGGAUGUGCAAAUCCUACGGUUCGACAGCGACGUGCAACCCGAUGGAUACAGCUUCGCGUAUGAAACCAGCGACGGCACGUCAAGACAAGAAACUGGAAAGCUUGACAAUCCCCAGUCCGAAAACGCAGCCCUAACUGUAACCGGGGAGUAUGCGUAUGUCGCUCCAGAUGGCAAGAAGUACACUGUAACAUUUACAGCUGACACAAACGGCUUCCAACCCAAAACCUCCCUUGGACAAAAGUAGUUUUAGUCAAAUAAAGUUAGCCAUACACACAAGUACCUCAGAUGUUUAGCUAAGUCCUUACUGUGAGUUUUCAAGUU